UUGUGUUUGGCUCUUUUUAUGUUACUUAUAAAAAUUUAGCAUCCUUAUAAAAAUCAAGAAAUCUCAAAAAUAUGAAUGUAUAUAAUUUUAUUACAGUAAUUUCAAGCUCAAAUUACACAGUUAGAUAUUAUUUUCAGGGACUAAGAUAGGUAUAUCCACAGAACAAUAUAUAUAUCUUAGUAUAUUAUAUUUAAUAUAUUUAUUAAUUUUUUCAACCUAUCGUUAGUAAUUCACUAAUUCUACAGAAGUACAGAACUGUAGGAAAACCACAGAUUACAGAAAGUUAGAAAGAGGAAAACAAAAAAUAACAGCAAUGAUCUGUGCCCUGCGGGAUCACAGCUGCGGGAAGGUUGUUGGGAUUUUUACUUUUUCAGGUUGGUAGUAUUGAAUUAGAAAAAUUAAAAGAAUUUUUAUUCUUAUCACUUUGUGAGAACUGGGGUAUCACCAUAUCAGUAUUCAGUUCAAUAAUAUACAUUUUAUGUUACGACUUACGGAAAUUAUAUAGGUUUAUUUGAAAGUUCGAUAAUUUGACGAUAUUGAUGGUGUCAAAUUCUCCAAUCGUUGUGUUUUAAUAUACUCACGGUUCGUCGUAAAAGAAAUGAUGCCAGAUGACAAUCCUGCGAACGACCAAAGGAUUUCUUUAUUUUUAAGGAAGCUUUGGACAUUGGUCUGCAGUAAAGAAACCGACAAUGUGAUUACAUGGAGCGAGGAUGGUGACAGUUUUAUAAUUAACAAUCCUGUAGAAUUCUGUAAGGUUCUACCAAGAUAUUUCAAGCAUAAUAACUUUAUGAGUUUUGUACGACAGUUACACAUAUAUGGUUUUAGCAAAAGAAUAUCUGAUGUUGAUCACACAUCUAAUCAUGGAACAUCUUGUGAAUAUGCUCAUCCAUAUUUCAUGAAAGAACAUCCUUGUUUAUUGUUGUCAAUUAAGCAAAAGCGAGGGGAAAAAUUGCAUCAAGGCAUAAAAACCGAUAUUGAUUCAAUUGAAACAAUAAGUACACUGUUGAAAGAAGUUAACUCAGUUAAAGACAAAAAUAAGAUGCUUGAUUCCAAAUUUACUGCUAUGAAACAUGAAAAUGAGUGUUUGUGGCGUGAACUAGCAGUUAUUCGACAAAAGCAUAUGAAACAACAACGAAUUCUCAACCAGUUAAUCCAAUUUUUAGUUACCUUAAGACAACCUAGUACUAAUAAUACACUGUGCCGAGAAGUAAAAAAUAAUGUUAGGUAUGUUCUCCCUAUUAUGCACCAUAAGGCAUCAGAAAAGGCAACUUCCGGAGAAACAUUUACUAAUCCAAAGUAUAAACCAUCUACGUCAUCAGGACCUGUGAUUCAUGAAUUAGAUGCUGCUGAUAUUCUUAAUUCAAAUGAAGAUGGUAAAAUUCAUGGAGGAAUUUUUAAUGAUGUAGUAGAGCCAGAAGGUGUGGUACUUAGUCCUAGCAGUGUUUCGCAAAUGUUAAGUAGUCCUGGUGGUUCAACAGUUGAAGAGAUAUUUGCACCAAAUGAAAUUAUAAUGAAUUCACCAUUAGAUGACUUGAUCAGAGAAGUGUCUGUAUCUCCUACUGAAGAAUUAUUAGAACCAAAAACAACUAUUGUGACUGUUCCUUCAUCUAAUCCAGAAACAAAAAUAAAUAAAACUAGUAAUAAAACAUCUAAAAAAAGAACAAAAAAAGAUAUUAAUCCUUCAAAGAAAAGAAAGACAACUAUUGUUGAUAAUGUUCAAGACCUAAAAUCUACAUCUUCAGCAGUACCUUAUGUCAUUAAAGUAGAACCAAUGGGAGAUGAUCCACCAGUUAUUUCUAUUCCUGACAUAGAUUUUGUUGAGCCUGAAGUAACUAUUUCUAAUAAUGAUGAAUUAUGGAAUAAUGAAAUAACUUCAAAUUCUGAUAAUAUGCAACUUGCUAAUCCAGAACCUAGGCAAGUUAAUAUGUGUGACGGGAGCAGUUCUGUAUCACCAAAUUUUCUUAACAAUGUUAUGCAAAAGGAAGCUGUUUCUAAACAAAUUGAUUUGGUUCAAGCUGACUUGGAAAGUUUAUUGAAAGGAUUAAAUGAUAAAUACACAUUUGACGCAAAUAUGUUUCUUAAUUUCAUUAAUGAUGAUCCUACAAAUUUAAAUUUGCCUAUUACAUCAGAAGAACAGACACUUAAUGAUGCAAAAAAUGGGUUGAAUGUUACACCAGAUAAUCAAAUUGUGUCAUGUCUAUCCCCAAAUACAUAUGAUCUAAAUGAUUUAAUGACAGCUUCAGCAGACUGGACGAUACCAAAUACUCCCAUGUCAUUUGAUUCGUCAUAUGAAAAUGAUGCAUUAAAUACUCCAGUUAUAACUGAUUCUUUAUUAAACACUGAAUCACUUUAUCCAACUAUAUCCUCAACAGAAAAAUAAUUUACACAUAGUUAACUGUAGAUUAAUUAUAUAAUAUGUAUAUUUUGCAUAAUUUAUACGUAAUUUUUUGUUGAUUUGUUAAUAUUUUGAUGUCAUUAAGAUCAAAUUAUGUUCUAAAAAACCUAUCUUU